CGCGUCUCUCGUCACAGUCCCUACAUCGUCGCGUCGCGUUCACCCUCGUUGCCCCUUACUGAUUAAGGAUCAACAUGGCGACCAUUUCUGGGACAGUAUCUGUCUCAACCAAAGAAAACAUUCCACUAACGCGCGAAGAGAAGAAAGUAGCAGGAGACUCCUUCCAAGGCUCACAGCCUACGAACCAGCCUUCCUUCGCGGAUGUGCUUGAACGCCUCAAGGAAGAUGCCGGUGAAGCUAAGGACGUCGAAGGCGGUGCCGACUGCUGGCCUCGCCCCAAGAUUGGUCAUAUCAAUGAGCAAAGGGAUGCUAUUAUAUUCCAACAAAUCGAUGUCGAGGACUGUUACGAUGGAGGAGGGGUGGGAUUCCGGAUCUUUGGUGUCACAGAGGCGGGCCACAGUGUGAUGGCGUACAUCACCGACUUCUUCCCUUACUUCUACGUUGCGGCACCGCGUGGAUUCACAGAAAGUGAUACGUGGGCCUUUGCAGAGUACCUGAACAAUGCUGGCAACGGCGGAGUCAAGGGUUGUGAGCUCAUCAAGAGGCGAAGCCUUUGGGGGUACAGGGGCGAUGACUGGAUCAUAUUUAUCAAGAUCACCUUUUUGAACCGCGCAGCUUGCCAAGAAUUCGAGAUGAGCGAAUGUAGCUUCCGCGACCUCUUCAAGGACCAAGUCGCCACGUUUGAGAGCAACAUUCAAUUCACCCUGAGGUUUAUGAUCGACGCCAAGUUGGUCGGCAUGAAUUGGAUUGAGGUUCCUGCUGGUUCCUAUAAAUUGAUGCCCGAGAACAAGAAGAAGUCACAUUGUCAGAUAGAACUCACUGUUCGGUGGGACCGGUUCAUAUCGCAUACGCCAGAGGGGCAGUGGUCGAAGAUUGCACCACUGCGUAUACUGAGCUUCGAUAUAGAGUGUGCCGGUCGGAAAGGUAUUUUCCCUGAGGCGAACAUCGAUCCUGUCAUCCAGAUCGCGAGUAUGGUCACUCGCCAAGGCGAGAGCAAGCCCUUCAUUCGCAAUGUGUUCACCCUCAACACUUGCGCGCACAUCGUGGGCUCGCAGGUCCUCAGUUUCGAUGACGAGGCCGAGCUUCUCAAUGCAUGGCAGCAAUUUGUGGAGGAGGUCGACCCGGACGUUGUUAUCGGGUACAACAUCGCCAACUUCGAUUUGCCGUACCUGCUUGACCGUGCCAAGACCAUCAAGGCGGACAAGUUCGCUUACCUGGGCCGUAUGAAAAAUGCCAAGGCCCAGACGAAGGAGACGCAUUUCUCGUCGAAGGCGUUCGGCCAGCGUGACUCGAAGGACACUGCGCUUGACGGCCGGCUCCAGGUCGAUGUCCUGCAGUACAUGCAACGUGAGCACAAGUUGCGUAGCUAUACGCUGAAUUCCGUCUGUGCGCAAUUCCUGGGGGAACAGAAGGAGGAUGUGCAUCACUCAGUCAUUACGGAAUUGCAAAACGGGACCUCAGAGUCGAGGAGAAGGCUGGCGGUCUACUGUUUGAAAGACGCGUAUCUGCCCCAGCGACUGGUGGAUAAGCUCAUGUGCUUCAUCAACUACACUGAGAUGGCCCGUGUAACCGGCGUCCCGUUCAACUACUUGCUCUCCCGUGGACAAUCGAUCAAGGUGCUGUCCCAGCUUUACCGAAAGGCCAACGAUGAUGGUUAUAUCAUCCCAUCGUUGAAAGGAGAGGGUUCGGAUGAGCAAUAUGAGGGCGCCACCGUUAUUGAGCCCAAGAAAGGUUACUACGAUGUGCCUAUCGCAACGCUAGAUUUCAGUUCUCUGUACCCAUCAAUCAUGAUGGCGCACAAUCUCUGCUACACGACACUCAUUGACAAGAAGACCAUCGACCGCCUUGAUCUUGCCAAGGAUGUAGACUACAUCCAGACACCGAACAAUGAUUUCUUCGUCACGUCCACUAAGCGGAAAGGCCUCCUUCCCACUAUUCUGGAGGACCUCAUCGGGGCACGUAAACGGGCCAAGGCCGAUCUGAAGAAGGAGACGGAUCCAUUCAAGCGUGCUGUGCUGGACGGUCGUCAACUUGCCUUGAAGAUCAGUGCCAACUCCGUGUAUGGUUUCACGGGCGCAACUAUCGGCAAAUUGCCUUGUCUACCUAUAUCUUCUAGCGUCACUGCGUAUGGCCGACAGAUGAUUGAGAAGACCAAGCAGGAAGUGGAGGCCGAAUACUGCAUUGCCAACGGCCACACGCACGAUGCCGAGGUCAUCUAUGGUGAUACUGAUUCGGUCAUGGUGAAAUUCGGACCGACAGACCUACCCUCUGUCAUGGCUCUAGGAAGCCAGGCCGCGGACUAUGUCACGGCGAAAUUCAUCAAGCCGAUUAAGCUAGAGUUCGAGAAGGUCUACUUCCCGUAUCUGCUCAUCAGCAAGAAGCGCUAUGCGGGUUUGUACUGGACAAGGCCGGAGAAGUACGACAAGAUGGACACGAAGGGUAUCGAGACUGUCAGACGAGACAACUGUCGACUCGUGUCUACCGUCAUUGAGACGUGUCUUCACAAAAUGCUCAUCGACAGAGAUGUCAAAGGGGCAGAAGACUAUACCAAACAGAUCAUCUCAGAUCUCUUGCAGAACAAAGUCGACAUGUCGCAGCUUGUGAUCACGAAGGCCCUCGCAAAAGCUGACUAUGCCGGCAAGCAAGCGCACGUAGAAUUGGCGGAGCGGAUGAAACAGCGUGAUGCAGGUUCCGCACCUGCUCUUGGUGACCGUGUAGCAUAUGUCAUCAUCAAAGGCGUGAAGGGCGCUGCCGCGUACGAGAAGUCCGAGGAUCCUAUCUACGUCCUCGAGAACAACAUACCGAUAGACACGAAGUACUAUCUCGAGAACCAGCUCUCCAAUCCUCUCAUGAGGAUUUUUGAGCCUAUCCUCGGCGAGAAGGCUUCAUCCCUAUUGUCUGGUGAUCACACGAGGACAAUCCAGAUAGCCACGCCCAGCGUCGGCGGUUUGAUGAAGUUCGCAGUGAAAACUGCGACCUGCAUGGGCUGUAAGACACCUCUGCGGCCUAACAACAGUAUGAAGAAUGGUGCCGUGUGCAACAACUGCCGACCAAGAUUGGGUGAUCUCUUCCAGAAGCAGGUGACCGCAACUUCUGAGAUGCAAGUACGCUUCUCCCGUCUGUGGACACAAUGUCAACGGUGCCAGGGCUCCCUGCAUAUGGAUGUUCUGUGCAGUAGCAGGGAUUGUCCCAUCUUCUACAUGAGGAAGAAGGCGCAGAAAGAUGUCGAGGAUGCUAAUACCCAGCUCGAACGCUUUGACCAGGAACUCUGGUAGGCGGCGAGUCUGUAUCCGGAAUCAUGCGUUGUAUCUUUAUUGUCGCGAGCAUGGGACUUAUGUUUACCUCAGCACUUGCAUAAUGUGUAUUCUAGCGUAUGUUGAAUCCGCUGCUGUAGCUCACAUGGACG